AUGGGACGUCCACUGUUCUCGUUCGUACUUCAACUCGAGCUCUUCCUUACAGCUUCGGCCUCGAGAUUUGUUCUCCCACCCGCUAUCACUCAACCUAGCGAUGGCGCGUUUGCAGAUGUGCAGCAACCCGCACCGACUGCGGCUCCGGAGUUAUACGCGUCCAUGGAAUUGCUGAGACGAGAUGGCUACAACAUGGGCCACGAUACUUGUGGUUUCGGAUCCCUAGACCCUGGGAUCACGUAUACCUGUUAUUCCACCGACGCAACUUGCGAGGAUAUCGGCAGCUACAGAGGAUGUUGUACAGGAGGAUUAAAGGCGUGCUCGUCUACUUUCUGGACCCAAUGUGAUGACUAUAACCCGAAAAGUAACUGUGGUAUAAGCGCGAAAACACGCUGUUGCCAGUCAGCCCUUCCGUACUGCAUUACCUGGUUGUUCUCUACGAGUGGUUCAACGGUUACUGCGUGGGAUUGCGAUACUCAAAGCAAUACUCGAGUUUUUGACAUGCUUGCUACGCCUCUAAGCCUGAUUGAUACUACUGCCUCUGCGACAACAAACGGUUCAAGCGCAUCUUUAACAGAAGGUGCUACGACUUCGCCUUCCACUUCAUCUUCCCCCGCGACAAGUGAUCCAACUGCCGAGUCCUCGACAUCGAUAGCCGACAGCUCGCCUUCCACAAAUACUAGCUCCUCGUCAAAUAGUAGCUCGGGAACGCCUGUGGGCGCCAUUGUUGGGGGUGUUGUCGGCGGCGUUGCCGUCAUUGCCUUGAUAAUCCUCGGUAUAUUCUUUAUAAAGAAGUAUCAACGAGGCGCCUCUGCGUCUGUAUCGCAACCACCUGCGCCUUCUGGGCCUCAGGAGCUUCCUGGUUCAGGAACACAUUCUCCUUAUACUCCGACGCAAUAUGAUGUUACGGGACAACCAAAAUUCGAAUUACCCAUGACUGAAGCGCCCCCCGUUUACGAGGUCCCGAAUACGCCUGCUGCCGGGACAGAACUCAUCGAGUCGCGGAAGCGAAAACGGUUUAGCACGUCGACCUUGUCCGAAAGUCCUGAGAGUCACAAAUUCACGUUCACAAAUGCUAGGCCUGGAAAGAGCACACACCCUUACGAUACCGGAGUCGGUGAGACAGUUGCGAUAGCCGUGGAGAACAACAUCCGACCGAGAAUAUCUUCUAGACGUAUGGAACAAGCAACGGUGCGGAGGGACAGCUUAGCACAAACUACUGACCGUCCGCCAAAAUCUAAGAGAGUCAAGUCGACUCCAAGUCUCUUUCGGGAUAGAACACAUGGUCUUACACCCCGGAAGAGAAAUGGUUCAAAUUUCACGCCGGAGUCUCGGAAUAAAGGAGACUCCUCGCCCCAACAUGGAAUUACACUGCGAAACAUAUUGGGGUUGAAUAAGAAUCGGGGAAAUGCUUCCGAUACGAAUGCUUCCGAGACGACUUCGGUAUCUCCACCUCAGGCGUCGACGGAAUCGGGCACUCUGAUUAAAAGCCGGCGGAGAAAAUGGUGGAAUAUCAAUAAACAGAGAAGCAUACGUGACUUCAAGAGACACCAAGACAUCACACCCGGGUUUAUUGAGCCGUCUUCAGCGCUAGACGAGGACGAAGAAGAUGACGACCUAGCAGCUUUGAGGAAGCCUCAAAACACAUGGAAGGACGUUAGAAUUCGCCACGCAAGUAGAUGUCAAAAGAAAGAAAUCUACCAAGGAACACCGAAGACUACGAACUAUGCUUAUCUCUCACAGCCAGAUCGAGAUUCCAAGACAUUGGAAUACAAGCUCCAUAUAGGCCAUCGAAAGAGUAUGUCCUCAUCCCAAGCUCGCCCGAGCACGACUGGGACAAGCUCUACGCCAGGAACAACAACCGCUCGUAGGGAUUUCGCACAAGACGAUUGGCGCGAGACGCCCUCGCCAAUGACGACAAACGGGAUCCUACGCUUCUUCUUGGGUCCGAGGAGAACCCCUCCAUCGACAACAGCAACCCACUUAGACCUUCCCCAGGGACCUAAAAUCAGCGUAUCGAUAAGCACUCCCCCACCGGGGUUACAAAGUCGCGAGAGUCGCGGUUCCUGUAGGCCGUCGGCGGAGAACAAGAGCAGGACUUGGAUUCCAUUCAGAGCAUCACCUAGACCGCAACCGAAUUCUUCGCUUCACGAAAGCGGCCAGAAAAGCUCAAGAGUGAGAGGACAAGAAGAGCGUCUAGAGCCAAUCGUGGGAGAGCCGGUUCCGAGCAGAUCACCAAACCUGAAGAAAUCUUGGGACAGGAUACUAAGAAAGAGAUGGCGAAGUGGAUAGUCUGUAAAAGUCCCUGUUGGGGUGUCUGGUGUAAUCGGAGUAGAUU